CUGCUCAGUUUGCGGGCUGACCUUCGAGGAGCUGAGCUUUGAUGGAGGACCACAUGACGGGGCACAACAAGGAGAAGCGUUAUGAGUGCGACAUAUGUGGCAAGGCCUGGCAGAGCCCGUGCCAGUUGGAGACCCAUCGGCGGGUGCACACGGGAGAACGUCCCUUUGACUGCUCGGAGUGCAGCAAGAGCUUCACCAGCCCCAGCCAGUUGCUGCAGCAUAACCGUGUGCACUCCGGCGAGAGACUCUUCACCUGCUCCGACUGCGGCAAGAACUUCAAGACGGCGAAUCACCUGAAGAGACACCGGCAGAAGCACACGGGCGAGAAGCCCCAUAGCUGCUCUACCUGCGGCAAGAAUUUUGCCUGGUUGUCGGGGCUGCGGGAACACCGGCGGGUGCACAGCAGUGAGCGGCCCUUCACCUGCUCCGACUGCGGCAAAGGCUUCAAGUCGUCGCCGGACCUGAAGGUGCACAGGCGCGUGCACACCGGGGAGCGUCCCUACACCUGCAGUGACUGCGGCAAGGGCUUCACCCAGUCCAGCAACCUGCUGGUGCACCAGCGCACCCACACCGGCGAGCGCCCCUACACCUGCACCCAGUGCGGCAAGGGCUUCACCCAGUCCAGCAACCUGCAGGUGCACCAGCGCACCCACACCGGCGAGCGCCCCUACACUUGCGCCCAAUGCGGCAAGGGCUUCACCUCCUCCAGCAGUCUGCUGUCCCACCAGCGCACACACACCGGCAAGCGCCCCUACACCUGUGCCCAGUGCGACAAGGGCUUCACCCACUCCAACAGCCUGCUGGUGCACCAGCGCACCCACACCAGCGAGCGCCCCUACACCUGCACCCAGUGCGGCAAGGGCUUCACCCGCUCCAGCAACCUGCUGGAGCACCAGCGCACCCACACCGGCGAGCGCCCCUACACCUGCGCCCAGUGCGGCAAGGGCUUCACCCACUCCAGCAGCCUGCUGGUGCACCAGCGCACCCACACCGGCGAGCGCCCCUACACCUGCGCCCAGUGCGGCAAGGGCUUCACCCAGUCCAGCAGCCUGCUGGAGCACCAGCGCACCCACACCGGCGAGCGCCCCUACACCUGCGCCCAGUGCAGCAAGGGCUUCACCCAGUCCAGCAGCCUGCUGGUGCACCAGCGCACCCACACCGGUGAGCGCCCCUACACCUGCGCCCAGUGCGGCAAGGGCUUCACCCGCUCCUCCAGGCUGCUGGCCCACCAGCGGGUGCACGUCGGCGACUGUCCCGUCCCCAGCCCGGUGUGUGGAGAGCGCUUUACCAUGGCCUCCCACGCCCUGUCUCACCAGCGCAUGCACACCAGUGGCCAGCCCUAUGACUGCCCGUACUGCGGUGAGGAGUUUGACAGCUCGCGGGGGCAGUUGCGGCAGCACCGGCGGACUCACGCCGGCGAACAAGACUCUGUGUGCGCUGAGUGUGGCAAGGGUUUCACCCGCCUUGACAAACUGCUGGAGCACCGGCGAGUCCACACCGGCCAGCGUCCUUAUGAGUGUGAUGUGUGUGGCAAGACUUCGCAGAGUCCGAGCGAGCUGGAGAUCCACCUGCGGGUGCACACGGGAGAACGCCCCUUCGACUGCUCGGAGUGCGGCAAGAGCUUUACCCGCUCCAGCAGCCUGCUGCGGCACAACCGCGUGCACUCCGGUGAGAGGCCCUUCAUCUGCUCCGACUGCGGCAAGAGCUUCAAGACGGCGAGUUACCUGAAGAACCACCGGCAGGUGCACACGGGCGAGAAGCCCUAUUGCUGCUCCACCUGCAGCAAGAGCUUUGCCCAGUUGUCGGGGCUGCGGGAGCACCGGCGGGUGCACAGCAGUGAGCGGCCCUUCACCUGCUCCGAUUGCGGCAAAGGCUUCAAGUCGUCACCAGACCUGAAGGUGCACAGGCGCAUGCACACCGGGGAGCGGCCCUACAUCUGCAGCGACUGCGGCAAGGACUUCACCCACUCCAGCAACCUGCUGAAGCACCAGCGCACCCACACCGGCGAGCGCCCCUACACCUGCACCCAGUGCAGCAAGGGCUUCACCCAGUCCAGUCACCUGCUGGUGCACCAGCGCACCCACACUGGCGAGCGCCCCUUCACCUGCACCCAGUGCGGAAAGGGCUUCACCCGCUCCAUCGGGCUGCUGUCCCACCAGCGCACCCACACUGGCGAGCGUCCCUUCACCUGCGUCCAGUGCGGCAAGGGCUUCAUCCGCUCUGACAGCCUGCUGGAGCACCAGCGCACCCACACCGGCGAGCGCCCCUACACCUGUGCCCAGUGCGGCAAGGGCUUCACCCAGUCCAGCACCCUGCUGAUACACCAGCGCACCCACACUGGCGAGCGUCCAUACACCUGCGCCCAGUGCGGCAAGGGCUUCGCCCACUCCGGCAACCUGAUGAAGCACCAGCGCAACCACACUGGCGAGCGUCCCUAUUCCUGCGCACAGAGCGGCAAGGGCUUCACCUGCUCCACAAAGCUGGUGUCCCACCAGCGGGUGCACGCCGGCGACCGUCCCGUUCCCAGCCCGGUGUGUGGAGAGCGCUUUACCAUGGCCUCCCACGCCCUGUCUCACCAGCAUAUGCACACCAGUGGCCAGCCCUACGACUGCCCGUACUGCGGUGAGCAGUUUGACAGCUCGCGGGGGUUGCGGCAGCACCGGCGGACCCACACCGGCGAGCAGCUGCUCCCACUGUGACAAGAGAGCAUUGGGGUUGCGGCAGCACCAGCGGAUACACAUCGGAGAGAGACCCUUUGUGUGCACUGAGUGUGACAAGGGUUUCACCCGCAUGUCCAGCCUGUGGCAGCAUCGGCGCACCCACAGCGGUGAGCGUCCCUUCACCUGCCCGUCCUGUGGUAAGGGCUUCACCCGCCUUGACCACCUGCUGGAGCACUGGCAAGUCCACACCGGCCAGCACCCCUUCACCUGCCCGCUCUGUGGCAAGGCCGUUGCCCGCUCCUCCAGCCUGCUGGCAUACCGCCGCGUGGAUAGAUAGGCGCUGUUUAUGCAGACACAAAAUGGUGGAAGGAAUGGGUAACGCUUCGGGUAGUUUCUUCAGUCACCCAUUCCAUCUCUCCAGAGAUGCUGCCUGUCCCGCUGAGUUACUACAGCACUUUGUGCCCUUUUUUGUAAACCAGCAUCUGCAGCUCCUUGUUUUUAAAACUAUUCUGGUUAACCAUCUCUGCACCUUCCCCAAAGCCUCCACAUCAGUCCUGUAAUGGAGUGACCAGAACUGUAUGCAAUACUCCAAAUGCUACCUGACCGACGUCCCUUAAAGCUGCACAUAUACAUUCCUCUUUCCUUAUCUCACACCUUAUUAGAUCCUUAUUUUCUCUCGCCUCUGUCACUUAUUUCACUCAUCUACCAAUCGCCCCCUCAUCUGUUAACAUCGUGUCAGUGUGAAGCAGUGUCCUGUUCCGGAAUGUCAUCUAUCCUUGUUCUCCAGAGAUGCUGCCUGACCCGCUGAGUUACACCAGCACUCUGUGAAACGUCACCUAUCCUUGUUCUCCAGAGAUGCUGCCUGUCUCACUGAGUUACUGCAGCACUUUGUGUUAGAGUCAUAGAGUGAUACAGUGUGGAAACCGGCCCUUUGGCCCAACUUGCCCACACCGACCAACAUGUCCCAGCUACACUAGUCCCACCUGCCUGUGUUUGGUCCAUAUCCUUCCAAUCUUGUCCUAUCUUGUGUUCCAUACAAGAUUCCAGCAUCUGCAGUAUCUUGUGUCUCCCUCACGAAUAUCCACCUAUCACUUCUGAAGAAGGGUCUCAAACUGAAACAUCACCCAUUCCUUUUCUCGAGAUGCUGCCUGUCCAGCUGAGUUACUCCAGAAUGUUGUGUCCACCUAUCACUUGCCAGGCUUUGUCCAGCCCCCAUCUCCCUUUUCCAGCUUCCUCCCCCACCCUCUCCACUCAGUCUGAAGAAGGGUCCUGACUCAAAACGUCAUCUGUCCAUUCCCUGUGAAGCGGUGGAGGAACUCAGUGGGCAAGGCCGCACCUGUAGAGGGAAGGGAAUCUAAGGCGAACACUCCCACCUCUCCUUUCCAACUUUCUCCACUGCCCCACACCAAGCAGUCUGAAGAAGGGUCCUGACCUAGAAUGUUGCCUGUCCAUGCUCUCCAGAUGUGAUAGCUACUGCAGGAGAUUGUGUCUCUCUUUCUAAACCAGCAUUUACGUUUGUGAAGAGGAAACAAAUGAUUAAGACCAAAGUUGGACUCUUGAAAACUGAGAAAGGUGAAUUUAUUAUGGGGAACAAGGAAAUGCCAGAUGAGUUGAACAGGUACUUUGGAUCCGUCUGCACUAAAGAGGCCACAAACAAUCCUCCUGAUGUACUUGAGGCAAGAGGAUCUAGGGUGACGGAGGAACGGAAGGAAAUCCGCAUUAAGCAGAAAAUGGUGUUGGGUAGACUGAUGGGACUGAAAGCUGAUAAAUCCCCAGAGCCUGACGGUCUGCAUCCCAGGGUACUUAAGGAAGUGGCUCUAGAAAUCUUGGACGCAUUGGUGAUCAUUUUCCAAUGUUCUAUAGAUUCAGGAUCAGUUCCUGUGGAUUGGAGGGUAGCUAAUGUUAUGCCACUUUUUAAGAAAGGCGGGAGAGAGAAAACAGAAUUAUAGAUGUUAGCCCAGGGGUGGGGAACCUUUUCAUGUUGGAAUGCCGCACUAAGUUAGCUGUAAUCUAAUAAGACCGCAUGCAUGAAACUUCAAUUAGAUAUAGUUCAAAAUGUACUGUAUUUUGUAAAAAUCUAACUAAUAUGUACUAACUUCAAGAAAAUGAAAAAACAUUGUUAAUUCUAAAGUUAACUAACUUUUUGAUGACUUUGGUGUGACUGUUUUUUGUGGGAAAGCAUUUGAAUAUUUGGUUGCAGCAAAUGGAGGUACGCAGUUUCAGCUGAUCUUCUAGAUGGGUAUCUGUCAAUUGUGACCUUAAGGGCGUCUUAAUUUGGGUUAGAUAGAAGAACAUAGAUUCGCAGCAAUAAGUGGUUGAAAAGCAAGAAAGCAUUUUUCGUGCAUGUUGCCGAAGACGUGGGUAUUCUAUUGCAUUUUCCCAUAUUUCAAUUGGAUCAUAUUUCCCAUAUUUCAAUUAGUAAAGACGUUCCCCCUCAUGUUACCCCUAAACUUCUGUCCCUUAAUUCUCAAGUCAUGUCCCCUUGUUUGAAUCUUUGAACCAUUACUCUCUGGCAUCUCCCGUUCAGCCACUGUUGAAUCCAUCUUGCUACUCCACCAUUAAUACCCAACCAUUGAACCUUCUUAACCAACCUUCCAUGAGGAACCUUGUCAAAGGCCUAACUGAAGUCCAUAUAUACAACAUCCACUGCUUUACCCUCAUCAAUUUCCCGAGUAACCUCUUCAAAAAAUUCAAGAAGAUUAGUCAAACAUGACCUUCCAGGCACAAAUCCAUGUUGACUGUUCCUAAUCAGACCCUGUUUAUCCAGAUGCUUAUAUAUAUUAUCUCUAAGUAUCCUUUCCAUUAAUUUGCCCACCAGUGACAUCAAACUAACAGGUCUAUAAUUGCUAGGUUUACUCUUAGACCCCUUUUUAAACAAUGGAACAACAUGCGCAGUACGCCAAUCCUCUUGUACUAUUCCCGUUUCUAAUGACAUUUGAAAUAUUUCUGUCAUAGCCCCUGCUAUUUCUACACUAACUUCCCUCAAUGUCCUAGGGAAUAUCGUGUCUGGACCUGGAGACUUAUCCACUUUUAUAUUUCUCAAAAGUGUCAGUACUGCCUCUUCUUUGAAUCUCAUAGAGACAACAACUAGGUGAGGUUGAAAUGCUCAUUUGAAUGCUAAAAGAUGCUAAUUUUGUUGAAUCUUCUUUUACUCUUUGGUAUUUUAAAUACGUUCAUUUAAAGAUUAAAAUUAAAAUAAUAAAAGACGAAUAAAAACAUAUUAAUAAAAAUAAAAGGAUUUGUUCUACAAAAUUUUGAUUCAUUCAAAAGGCCGCACUUAGUGGCCUAAAAGGCCGAAGGUUCCCCACCACUGCGUUAGCCUGACAUCGGUGGUGGGGAAGAUGCUGGAGUCAAUUAUUUACAAAGGGGAAAUCAUGCUUGACUAAUCUUCUGGAAUUUCUUGAGGAUGUAACUGGGAGAAUAGAUAAGGGAGAGCCAGUGGAUGUAGUGUACCUGGACUUUCAGAAAGCAUUUGAUAAGAUCCCACAUAGGAGAUUAGUGGGCAAAAUGAGCACACAUGGUACUGGCGGUAGAGUGCUGACGGAUAGAAAAUUAGUUGUCAGACAGGAAACAAAGAGUAGGGAUUAACGGAUCCCUUUCAGAAUGGCAGGCAGUGACUGGUGGGGUACCGCAAGGCUCGGUGCUGGGACCGCAGCUAUUUACAAUAUACAUCAAUGAUUAAGAUGAGGGGAUUCAAAAUAACAUUAGCAAAUUUGCAGAUGACACAAAGCUGGGUGGCAGUGUGAACUGUGAGAAGGAUGCUAUGGGAUUGCAGGGUGACUUCGACAGGUUGGGUGAGUGGGUAGAUGCAUGGCAGAUGCAGUUUUAUGUGGAUAAAUGUGAGAUCCACUUUGGUAACAGAAACAGGAAGGCAGAUUAUUAUCUAAAUGGCGUCAAGUUGGGAAAAGCGAAAGUACAACUGGAUCUGGGAGUCCUUGUUCAUCAGUGACUAAAAGUAAGCAUGCAGGUACAGCAGGCAGUGAAGAAAGCGAAUGGCAUGUUGGUCUUCAUAACAAGAGCAGUUAAGUAUAGGAGCAAAUAAGUCCCGGUAGGCGG